AAUUACUUUUGUCUCAAAAAAAAGAAACGUAACUUUAUAAAACUGAACGUAACUUUUUCAGAAACUAUCAAAAAUAUGCCAAUACAAAAGAAGGAAACAAAAAUGAAAAUGAAAAAAACGAAUUCAAUCGUACAAAUGAAAUAGGCUCUUCAAAGAUGCUUAAUUUUUUGUUAAUGUUUUUCAAAGAUUCGUUUUCGCAACUUGUGUUUUCUGAAUGCAUUGCCACAGAUUUCGCUUUCGCUUCUGAGUUUUUCGUUUGCUGUUUUGACACAAACCUCGCGUGGGGGCGGGCCUUAGCGGUGAUCUACUCUGAUUGGAUAGUGAGUUUUUGAUUUCCACAACACUAGGUGGCGGUAUGCAGCUAUGAAGUUGGUUCGCAACCCGCCAUAAAAUCAUAAGAAGAAGCAGCUACAAACGUCACUCAGUUUGCCGGCGCAUGUUUGAAAGUUGUCGCGGUGCUUUGUAUUAAAUAUGUGAAUAUUUGAACUUCGUUCGUGUCUGUAACUUUAAAGAUGAGCUCUCAGGAGAGACACGGAACGGCAUCAUCUUCCUCCUCCGCUGGUUCUUCAAGGCAGCUUGAACAAGGCAGAAAUCUAGGUGCAGAUGCUGCAUCUGCGGCUGUACAUAGCAUCCUUGAAAUUAUUAACCAGUCGCUCGGAAAAACCAGCACAAGGCAGGGUCAGCAGGCCGUGCAGCAGUCGGGGCAGAGUCGAACAGUGGACCAAGAUAUGGCCAGGUUUCAGUUUUGCAGUCAUGACAAUGAAAAACAGCAACAUUGUUUUAAACAUGUAUUUACAACACAUUUUAGCACUUUAAUUAGAGCAGAGGUAGUAGUCAGGGGCCAUUUUUAGGUUCAUUGUAUUCCCAAUUAACCUAUUCAUGUAAUAAAAAUUAUGUAAUACUUAUUGUUAUUUUCAAUCUCUUGGAGGUCUUUCCCUGGAUUUUUUAAGCGUGGUUCAAAGAGACGGCUACCCAGCUGUAGCAGACCAGCAAAGUUCAACAAACUAUGGAAACCUUUUGUGUUUUCAGUGUUUCUUUUAAACAAAAAUUUAGACAUGGCCCCUUCACCAGCUGAUGAGGUGCAGCUUUUGCAAGCUGGCUUAGGAAAACGGAAUCUUACUAUGCCUGAAGAUUUGACACAUUCAGAGGUCUCUAGCUUGUUCGGUGAUGCAUACCCAAAAAUGAAGUCAGCAUCUGGAGGCUGGCUUCUCUACAAAGCAACUGGUGGACAGGGAAGAAGACGGUUACAUCUAGUUCCUCCAGAGUCUGAAGGCUACUGUGGUAGCACAAUUAGAAGUGCAACUGGAGGGGGGAAAACAAUGUUGUACAUUGUUCCAAUACAGGAUGAAUUUGACCUGUCCCCUCUACCAUCUGAUGCCGAGGAGUUCUCUCAGAUGCCUAAAGCAGAAUGUAAGAAAUGCUCCAAAUCUAUGCCACUACAGAUUCUUGCUCUGCACGUAAAGGAAUGCAACACGGCAGAUUAUGAGACACUUUCUGACCCAGAAUCAGAGCUGACUAAUCUACCUCCUGAUUCACAUGAUUUACCUUCUGAUAAUGAAGAAAAGUCAGAAGAGGCAAAGUGUCCUGUUUGUAUGCAAAGUUUUCCUGUAAAGGAAUUGGAGCUACAUGCAAGUUUUUGUGGCGAUUUAGAUAGUCCUGUUGGCCCUCUAAGCCCUGAUAUAAUGGAGCCACAAAAUGAAGAAAUGUCAAGUGAAGAUGAUGUACUGCGGUGGCUGGCUUCUCAAGUUGACACCUCCAAAGAGUUUAGUAUCUGUGUAUCUAGAGUAAACCUCUUAGAAAGAGGUAUGUCACUGUGGAAACGACAAAAGCUUAGCUCCCCAAUCCACACUUUAAAGGUGACAUUCAUGGGAGAGGCUGGUGUCGACACAGGUGCUCUCCGCAAAGAAUUCCUGACAGAAAUGAUUAGUGGCAUAGAGACUCGUCUCUUUGAGGGAGAAGAUGGUCAAGGAAAAUUUCCCAAGUACUCAUUAAAUGACCUUGACAAUGGCCUGUUUCGAGUUGCUGGGGAAUUAUUUGCUGUGAGUCUCGCGCAAGGUGGUCCAGCUCCACGAUUUUUACAGGAGUGGUGUUACAAUUACCUAUUAAGUGGAAAUCUUGAAAACAUCAUCAUGGAAGUUAAUGACAUGGAAUUUUCACCACUGAUUAAAACGAUUGAGGACACUGCAGACCUGUCGAAUUACAGUGAGCAAAUUAUGAGCUGUGGCUACACUGGCCCUAUAAAUGACCAAAAUAAGGGGAAUAUAAAGAGGGCAAUUGCAAUGCAUGCCGCUGCGCGAAGAACUCUAAUGCUUCAGCAGCUCCGUGAGGGCCUCCAACUUUACCGUCUGUUGGACAUCAUGAAGAAGAACCAACAAGUGUGCCGUGGCCUUUUUGUUUUUGAAGGUGGCAAUGAUCAGGUGGACUCUGAUUACAUUGUAUCACACCUUGACCCACAAAUGAGUGAAAGUGGCAGUCUAAAGCACAUCAAAGAAAUGCAAAUCUUAAAUAAUUUCCAGGAUUUUCUAAUGGAACUUGAAGAUGGAAAUUCUGCUGAUGAGGAGGCACUUUCUGUGUCGAAAGUCAUGCAGUGGCUGUCUGGUCAAGCACACAGACAUUUGCUUCUUUCAGAGAGACAAGCUUUCAAAAUCACAGUUCUAUUUGACCAUACAUGCAUGGCACGUAUGCCAGAACACAAAAUUUGUUACCCUGUUGUCAGUGCAUGCACCCACACAAUCACAAUUCCCACUGCACACUUUGCAAGUUUAAAUGAAUUUAAAGAAAACAUGAAAAUUGCAGUGCAGCAGGGUGCUUGCUUUUACAGGGUUUAGAACAGAUUUGUUAACACUCCUUCUUUGUUUUUUUUUUAAGGUCAGAGACAGAUUACAUUUCAUUAUCACUUCAUUUAUUUUCAAAAGAAUGGCUAACAAUUUUACAAAGUUUUACAUUUGCGCCACAUUGUUAUGAAGUUAGUAAGUUUUAAAUUUACGCAACAUUGUUAUGAAGUUAGUAAGUUUUAAAUUUGCGCAGCAUUGUUAUGAAGUUAGUUCUGUCAGAACAUUGUU